AUGUUUGUGUCAUUUUUUCUUUUACCAUUUAUUUCUGCUUUCUUUGGCUUUUCUGCAUUUUCUCUUUCCAUGUUUGCACCUUUUUGUGUCUUUUUCUAUACAUUUUUGCUUCUGUACUUUUCUGUAGUAUCUUUUUUGCGCUUUUUUGUUCUGCAUAUUUGUCUUUCUUUUCUAAUGUUUGUCUCUCUUUCUGUCAUAUUUCAAUUUUCUUUUUGCUUCUUUUUUCAACUUUUGUGUUGUUUUUCGCUUUUGUCUACUUUCUUUGGUUUUUCUUCAUUUUUCCCCAUUUUCGCUUUUGUAUUUUGUUCCUUUUGUACCUUUUAUGAUCUUUUCUGCUUUUUUCGUUUUAUCUACUUAUCUAUCUUACCUUUUUCUACAUUUCUGUCUUUCCUCAUCCACUGUUUGUUUUUUCCGUCUUUUACCAUUUAUUUCUGCUUUCUUUGGAUUUUUUGCAUUUUCUCUUUCCUUUUUCAAUGUCUGUAUUUUUCACUGUUGUCAGCUUUUUUCUUUAUUCUGCAUUUUAUAUCUAUGUCUUUUUUCAAUUUUUUUUCAAUUUUUCGUUUCUUUGUUUUUUCACUGUUUCUGGUUUUUCUCUCUUUUUCAACUAGCUUUUCCCAUUUUUUGGCUCUUCAUUUUUCUCCUUCCUUUUUCAAUAUUAAUGCUCUUUUCCACUCUUUUCUGCAUAUUUGCCUUGGGGGGGGUCAUUUAUUUCUCCUUUUUUUUGAGUUUUUCCUCAAUGUUUGCCUUCCAUUUUUCAACAUUAGGUCCUUUUUAUGUUUUUCCCACUCAUUUAUUCUUUUUUGGUUUUCAGUUUUGUUGUUCACUUUUCAACAUUUGUUCCUUUUGGGAUCUUUUUCUCCUCAUUAUUGUAUAUUUAGUGGGGUUGUUACUCAAAUUUUACUAACCUUUCUCAAAUUAUUAACUUUCUCUGUAUUUUUCUUUCAUUAUUCUUUGUCUCUCCUGUAUUUCCUUUUAAAUGUCUGUGCAUUUUUCUGGCUCCAUUUCUUCUUUUUUGGCAAUUCUACAUGUUUAUUCUGUCUGUAA